CUGACAUCACUUCCUGAAUUCAAAGAUGGCGGAACACCAACACUGAACUCCCCCUAGAGGAAGUGUGUCUCUGUUUUGGUGCUUUUCACUGAAGAAAUGUGAACCUUCUGUGGUUAAAAACAACAAAAAACGAUUCGCGGUGCAGCGAAACAAAGCAGAAUCCAGUCAUGAGUAGCAAAAGAAAGAAGGCCCCUCCUGUGAGGGUCGAUGAAGAGGCCAAGAAGAGGCUCAACUGGAACAUGCUGGAUGAUCGCAAAAAUGAAAUGGUCCAGGAAAAUGAUGACCAGACACCUACCUGCUCCUUUUUGUCCAGUGAACUAACUCCCAGUAGUUCGUCAAACUCAGCCACUGAGGCUGCCUACACGCGGUCUGUCCAGUUCACAGAGGAACUCCCUUGUACGUCAUCAGACGGCACUGUCGCCUCGGCCUCUCUGGCACUGACUGUUGUGCCAACUUCAAAGCUAAGUCAUGUCUGGAAGGCUCUCAUCGGGGAGUUCGGUAUUCGGCCGGCAUGGCUCCCACCAGACUGUGAACAGAAAGCAUUUGCACUCCACAGAAUGGGGGACCAGCUCUGCCUCAGUUACAGCAGCUGUGAUGACGACUCGGCACUGCAGUGGACACCUGAUGAGGACACUUGCACAGCGGAGUGCAGCCUAACUCGCAUCCCACUAGAGGACUUCGACUGGCUGCAAAAGAGGAGGGUGAUACAGCUCUGCCACCAGAAAAAAGAGGACUCAAUAAAGGUUGGGAUAUACUUGCUGGAAACUGGGCUCGGGAAGCCUGAGUUCCUUAGUGAGGGAAAUGCUCGUCUGAAGAAAGCAAAUCAAGUCAUGCAGAAGUUAAUGGAGUAUUUCUAUGAUUUCAUCAUCCCUGAAGUUGUUGAAAAUGAGGAAGAGGAGUGUGACACCGACUUGGAGAGGCAGAAUAUUGAGGAGCUCUACGAUUACGUCAGACAUUUACACCAGACGGAGAGCCAGGAGAUUACCUAUGACGUCCAGCACAAGGCUCUUAUUCCUGUGCUCAGACCUUAUCAAUUUCAAGCUGUCAACUGGAUGCUAAAGAGAGAAAAAUACAAAAACACUUCACAUAAAGAACAAUCACUGCAUUUCCUCUGGAGGGAGAUGGUCAGUUUGUGUGGGAAGAAGUUGUUCUACAAUCCAUUUACUGGCUGUUUAAUACGAGAAUUUCCACUGGCUGGCAUCGAGUGGCCUGGUGGUAUCCUGGCUGAUGAGAUGGGACUCGGAAAGACAGUGGAAGUCCUGGCUCUCAUCUUGUCUCACACCCGGCAAGAUCUGGAGCAGGAGACACUUACCUUGCCAGAGGGAAAAUCUGUCAACUACUUUGUUCCUCCCCCUCCAUUGGAAAGAAAGAAAGUCAUCCGCUGCAAGCCUGAAGUUCAGCCUAAAAUUAAAAUAUCUUACCCAGCUGUGCGUGUCAUGCUACUCACGGCAAUAAAGGAGAUGAGAUCUGGAAAGGGAGCCUCAGUCAAUGCUGUGUUCACUUACAUCCGCGCCACUUACAGUUAUGACCUGUUAAAGAACCGCAACCACAUCAGGAAGACACUGGAGAAGCUGAUAGACGAAGGCCUGGUUGACCGGGUUAAAGGACGUGGUCUAGCCGGGUCAUUCAAGCUGGGAAAAAACUUCAAAGAAAUCAAGAAGAAACUAGCAGGAGCAUCCAAGUCUAUUUCAAAAGCCACAGAGGGCACACCCAGAAAAAUGUUUCAGAGACGAGCAAAAGAGAAAGCAGAAGCAGCUCUUCAAAACGCUCUCACAGAAGAUGAGAGAGAUCUGAGUCCUCUUACAUCUGACUGUCCCGCACCAGAGGACAGAGAAACCAAAGAGGAGUGGGAUGAAGGUCUGAAUGAGACAACAGCUCAGUCAGAUAACACGUUGGAUGUGUCCACAGCAUCCUUAGAGAUGUCUCAUGAUAAAAGUGAGUCAGAUACACAUGAGGUGUCCAGAAUGAAUGAUCUACUCGAUACCCAGGAGGAGACAAAAACCCCCACCAGAGCGUCUCGGGUUCCCUUUAACACACCAGACUACCGGUUUGAGUGCAUCUGUGGUGAACUGGGCAUCGUUGACUACAAGGCCCGAGUCCAGUGUAUGAACUGUCAGCUGUGGCAGCAUGCAGAGUGUGUGAACUACAAAGAGGAAAGCCUUGAAACGACACCUUUCUAUUGCCCUCACUGCCUGGUCGCUAUGAAACCUGUCUCCACUGGUGCCACCCUCAUCAUCUCGCCAAGCUCCAUCUGCCACCAGUGGGUGGAGGAGAUCAACCGACACAUUAGGUCCUCUUCCCUCCGUGUGCUGGUUUAUCAGGGUGUGAAGAAACAUGGGUUCAUCCAGCCACAUAUGCUCGCUGAGCAUGACGUGGUCAUCACCACGUACGACGUGCUGCGGUCGGAGCUCAACUACGUGGACAUUCCCCACAGUAACAGCAAAGAUGGACGCCGCUUCCGCAACCAAAAGCGAUACAUGGCUGUUCCCAGUCCUCUGGUGGCUGUGGAGUGGUGGCGCAUCUGUCUGGACGAGGCUCAGAUGGUUGAAUGCCCAACUGCGAAGGCUGCAGAAAUGGCUCUCCGUCUUGCAUCUGUCAACCGCUGGUGUGUCAGCGGCACUCCAGUCCAAAGAGGCUUAGAAGAUCUGUAUGGUCUUGUACUUUUCUUGGGAGUGGAUCCAUACUGGGUGAAGCACUGGUGGCACCAGCUGCUUUAUCGCCCUUAUCGACAUGGAAACACAGAACCUCUGUACAAUGUAAUCGCUCAGUUACUCUGGCGAUCUGCCAAAAAAGAUGUCAUCGAUCAGAUCCAGAUUCCUCCUCAGACAGAAGAGGUUCACUGGCUGCGCUUCUCCCCCGUUGAGGGUCACUUCUACCACCGUCAACAUGAGGUCUGCUCCCAGGACGCCCUGGUCAAACUCAGGAAGAUAUCUGACUGGAGCCUGAAACUUGGCAGCCUGGACCGUCGCACCGUCAACACAAUCCUCUGCCCACUGCUGCGUCUGCGUCAGGCCUGCUGCCAUCCACAGGCUGUGAGGGGCGAGUUCCUGCCUCUGCAGAAAAGCACCAUGACAAUGGAGGAGCUCCUGAAGUCUCUGCAGAAGAAAUGUCGAGUGGAAUGUGAAGAAGCACACAGACAAUUGGUGUGCGCUCUCAACGGCCUGGCUGGAAUUCACAUCAUCAGAGAUGACUUUGUAGAGGCAGUGGAGAUGUAUAGAGAAGUGCUUCGCUCAUCAGAGGAGCACAAAGACAGACUGAAGACGGAUUCAUUACAGAGACUUCAUGCUACACAUAAUUUGAUGGAACUUCUGAGUGCAAAGCACCCCGGGAUACCUCCUACACUGAGAGACGACAGACUGAGUGAGGAGGCCGAGCAGCUGCGGCAGCACUACAUGACCAAAUAUGACUCUGAGGUGGCAGACGCUCAUCAGGCUCUGCAGCCAGUGUUACUGAACAUCAAAGAGCUACGACGCAAAGUCAAGCUUAACGCCCCCUGGUGGCUGGACGUGAUACAGCGGUCGAUCCGCUGCUCCACUGAUGACGAGCUGGUGUCUCGUGUCAAGAAUGAGCUUACGUCCAGCUACAAACAACAAGCCAGCAAGCUCUCCAUGGCUGACAAGUUCCGUGAUGCUUGCGGUUUGCAGUUCCUGCUCACCACGCAAAUGCAAGAUCUGGUGAAUUCCCAAAAGACCGUGCAGGAUGCAGUGAAGGAUCUCGAAGGCCCAGUUUCACAGAAGGUGAUCGAUGAGGUCACUGUCUGUCACCUCAGACCCAUGAGACUGCCACUCAACAACUGCGUCUUUUGCAAAGCAGAUGAACUGUUUGUAGAUUACGAGUCCAAGCUGUUUUCUCACACGGUGAAGGGUCAGACGGCCAUCUUUGAGGAAAUGAUUGAAGACGAGGAAGGGUUGGUCGACGACCGUCUCCCCACAACCAGUCGAGGUCUCUGGGCUGCCAGUGAGACCGAGCGCACGCUGAAGGCCAUUUUGUCUUUUGCCAAAGCUAAACGUGUGGAUCCAGAACUGGUGGAGGAGGGCAACACUUUCAUGGAGCUGUUUGAGAACUGGAAGAAGGAGUACAAGGUAUUGCACGAGUACUGGAUGGUGCUGCGGAAUAACGUGUCGGCCAUCGACGAGUUGGGAAUGGCCACAGAGAGGCUACGUGUGCGUCUACCCGAUGAGCCGAAGCCCAAACUCCUACACAUUAUUGAGCCUCAUGAGGUGGAGCAGAACAGAGUCAAGCUUCUGAAUGACCACGCCGUGGCCAAGUCUCAGCUUCAAAAGAAGCUUGGCCAGCUUCUGUAUCUCACAAAUCUGGAGAGGUCCCAGGACAAAUCGACUGGAGGUCUCAAUCCUGAGCCAUGUCCCAUCUGUGCGCGACCUCUGGGGCAGGAAUGGGCAGUGCUGACGUGUGGCCACUGCUUCUGUAACGAGUGCAUUUCCAUCAUCGUGGAGCAGUACAGCAUCGGCUCGAGGCGACGCGCCAUCAAGUGUGCCAUCUGCAGGCAGACCACGUCGCACGCCGAGAUCUCCUACGUGUUCACCACACAGUCAUCCAGUCAGGACCAGGACAUCCCAGUCAAGGGAAGCCAUUCUACAAAAGUGGAGGCAGUUGUGAGAACACUUAAGAAGAUUCAAGUGACCGACCCCGGGGCCAAGUGUCUCGUUUUCUCCACGUGGCAGAGCGUCCUGGACAUUAUUGCCAAGGCGUUGUUUGACAACAAUAUGGAGUUUUCACAAAUCAAUGGGAUUCACAAAUUUCAGGAGAAUCUGUGUUCCUUUAAAUACGAAGACAAGAUCAACAUUCUUCUCCUCCCUCUCCACACGGGCUCCAACGGCCUGAACAUCAUUGAAGCCACGCACGUGUUGCUGGUUGAGCCCAUCCUCAACCCGGCUCACGAGCUCCAGGCCAUCGGCAGAGUGCACCGGAUCGGCCAAACCAAGCCAACAUUUGUUCACAGAUUCCUCAUUAAAUCCACAAUUGAAGAGAGAAUGCAGACAAUGCUGAAGACUGCAGAGAAAAGUCACACCAGCACAACCAUGAAGCACUCGGAGGCUGCAGUAUUGACAGUCGCUGACCUCGCUGAUCUGUUCACCGAUGACAGUGAACACUGAGCUGCACCUGCUGAAGACGCAAAGGCAAAAACAGCUCACUCUCUUCUACUCAGUGGUGAUAGAACUACUCUGAUUUUGCACAUUCCACUCAUUUUCUAGGGGCAUUGCUAAAUUAUUAAACACAUUUCCAAAAUGAUAUUUCAGCAAAUGACUUGCAACAGACUACAACCUUGUUUUGUAUUUGAAUAUAAGCUCCUGUUUGAAAUCUCUUAGGCUCACUUGUCUUAAUUGUAACUUGACUUCCUCAGCUGUGCAAGUGCAUAUCUGCCUCCUGUACUGUACAGAAUUGCUCUUGGUGUUAAUCUAAUAUAACAAUGUGAAUUUUUAACAAAGCGACAAAAUACACAUGGAGAAAAUCCAGACUCUUCAGGAAAUAAAACCACCGCCCUGUUCUGACUCUA